CCCCAGCAACACCCCCUUCCGACUCUCGCUUAAGUCCCGCUCCGCGCCUGAGCUUCCGCGCCGCCGCGACUCCUCCCUCGCUGGCCCGCACCCUCUGUGUCCCGGGCGUCUGGGACAUGCUGCCUGAUUGCUUGUCCGCCGAGGGCGAGCGGCGCUGCCGGCAGCUGCUAGCGGGGACCACUGCCCGGCUGCGCUCGCGGCCUGCGGCGGCCGCGGUGCUCGUGCCGCUGUGCCUGGUGCGCGGUGUCCCGGCGCUGCUCUACACGCUGCGCUCCAGACGCCUGGUCGGAAAGCACAAGGGGGAAGUCAGUUUCCCAGGUGGUAAGUGUGAUCCCGACGACCAAGAUGUAAUACAUACGGCCCUUCGGGAGACCCAAGAAGAGCUGGGCCUAGAGGUGCCCAAGGAGCACGUGUGGGGUGUCCUGCAGCCUGUGUAUGACCGGGGAAAGGCCACCGUAGUCCCUGUGCUUGCCAACGUGGGCCCACUGGAUCUACAGAGCCUCAGGCCCAACCCUGAGGAGGUGGAUGAGGUAUUUGAGCUGUCUCUGGCCCAUCUGCUGCAGACCCAGAACCAGGGGUAUACCCACUUCUGCCAGGGUGGCCACUUCCGCUACACAAUGCCUGUCUUCUUGCAUGGACCACACCGUGUCUGGGGCCUCACAGCUGUCAUCACUGAGUUCACCCUGAAGUUGCUGGCCCCUGGCAUCUACCAGCCCUGCCUAGCUGUCCCCGAGCUGCCUAGGAGUUGAGGUCUGGCCUUUAGGGGCCUCGGCCUUCAUUUGAGCAGGCUACUCCAGAGCUGAUUAAAAGAGUCUUUGACAACUUUA